UGUUGGAAGAAAAAAAAGUACUUCCGGGACACGUCAACAUAGUGUCUGCGCAGAGCGGACGGACCUCGGCCAGCAGCAGUGAUAGUUUUAGUUAAGUUUCUUCUCUAAAAUGGAGAGUUUAUACAGUAUGCCGUUUUCUGUGCUGGAGUGCCCAAAUGUUAAACUGAAGAAACCGUCGUGGCUGCACAUGCCGUCUGCAAUGACUGUGUACGCGGCCGUUAUCGUGUCCUACUUUCUCAUCACUGGAGGCAUCAUCUACGAUGUUAUUGUAGAGCCACCGAGUGUGGGUUCAAUGACUGAUGAGCAUGGACACCAGAGGCCAGUGGCUUUCUUGGCAUACAGAGUAAAUGGCCAGUACAUCAUGGAAGGACUGGCUUCCAGUUUCCUCUUCACGAUGGGGGGCAUGGGCUUUAUAAUCCUGGACCGCUCCAACGCACCAAACAUUCCCAAACUCAACCGCUUCCUGUUGCUCUUCAUCGGGUUUGUCAGCGUUCUGCUCAGCUUCUUCAUGGCCAGGGUGUUCAUGCGCAUGAAGCUGCCAGGAUACCUCAUGGGCUAAAGACAAGAAGAGACCUUGAUUUGGAUGGACAGAAGACAUCAAAUCCAACUGAAAUGAUGGAUAAACGCAACAUUUGAUAUAAUCAACAACCAUUAAGGACUGAAAGCACUGACCUGUCUGCACUGGCUCUGUCUCAUUGCUGUUUAGCGACUUUCUUUCCUCUCCUUUUCUCCACUUUUUCCCCAAAAAUCGAAUUCAGGACAGUACUUCCAUGUUAAAGUCACAUUAUUAAGAAAAAUGUUGUCAUGUAUUCAUUUAAUGUAGUUAAACUUCUUCCUAAAAGAAGCUACAAGUGCCAGGGAACGUUUCUGUUUGCCACUGGAGAGAAGAAAGUUACUGAACACUGUUGGCAUGGAGCCACUGAUCUGGAAAUUAGAGGGAAGUCUGAAUGAUUAAGUUUUUCGUUUUGUAAAGAACAAGUUGAAAAAGCCUUGAACUUGUAACAGUUGCAUUUUUUGUACAAGGGUGUGAAAUAAAACAUCUUUUCAGAGCUC